GAACUUUGAAGACUUAGCCAUGAAGUUCUCUUCUUUGAGUCGGCAUUGAAGUGUGUGUAUAUAUAUAUAUAUAUGGAAUCACUACAUUUAUAGAUCUAUUUCAUUACCUCCAUUUUCAUUCCUUGUGUGAGGAAGAGAACAGAGAAAAGAUGCCGCCACCGGGUUGGGGACCACCACCAGGAGGACCUCCGGGGCCUGCCGGAAUUUGUGGUUGCUUCGAUUUUCUCUGCGGUGGCAUAUGCCGCCUUAUAUCUUCAUGUUUCUAUGUGCUGUGCUGCUGCUGUAUCUUUGAAAGCUGCUGUGGACCAAUGUUUGGUGGGCCACCUGGACCUCCUGGGCCCCCUCGCUUUUGAUCGUCUUCCUUUUCCAUUUUCCAUCGUUGCAAUGGAUAUUUGGAGUUAGUUGAUUUAAAUAAAUUAAUAAAAAUUAGGGGGACAUGUGUGAUUUAUUUUGUAUGUCGUGUAUUUUUUUUAAUGAGAAAAAAAGAAGAGAAAAGUUUAUUUAAAUUUGUGGAUUAGUUUGGUUUGGUUUGGUUUAGUUGGAAUGAACUUUUCUUUGCUAU